AUGUGCCUUGACGAACGGAUGGAACCUCAAACUGCCGCAACAAGCAAGAUGUCCGCCUAUCAAACGGCUUGUGCUAUUUGCAGGACGAACAUCAAUCGAAAAAGCGGCUACCCGAUCGUCAAUAUGGGCUACGACACAAAAACCCCCAAAUACUGCUGCGGAUCCGUGGUGGACAAUCAAUGCAAAGACGGUGAUCCCUUUACAAUCGGAAACGGGGCGGUGAUACCAGAGGUAGCAGCUCUAGCUGGUUACGUGAAAGCUUCAGCAAUUACCGAUACCACCUGUUCGAAUUCUUUGUCAAUCACCACAUCGUCAAAUUCUGCGUCAACUGCCAUUACCGCCUGUCCAACAUCAACAGGGGAUAAUACAUCACCCUCGUCCCACGACCUGGCUAUCGGAGUAGGGGUUGGUGUGCCUUUAGGCGUCAUUGCUCUGGCAUCCAUUGUCUGGGCACUGUGGGAGCGUCGGCAAACUAAACAUGCUCGUCUGGAGGAGAGUAUGCCGGCGACCUGA